AUGCUCAGUCGUCUCGUCUCUUCGAUUCAGCCACGCGCUGGAUUCAGAGCAGCUUCUUCUGCUGCCAACAAUAUUGUCAGCCAAGCCCAAAUACAAACAGAACCUUCGAAGGUGCUUUUCAUUGAUGGCAGCCGCAAAAUCACAUACGGUGAAUUCGUAAAACGAGCUGGACAAUAUGCUACGGCACUCAUUGAGAAAUACAAUAUCAAGAAAGGCGACAGAGUGAUGGCGAGAGUGUCCAAAACCACCGAUACAGCUGCACUUUAUAUCGCUUGUCUUCAAAUCGGGGCUCUCUACAUUCCUGUUAAUCCAGGAUAUACGGAAUCAGAAGCUGCUCACUAUAUAAAAGAUGCUACACCAUCACUUCUUGUCACUUGCAAUGAAGAUCUUGAUAAACUUUUCCGGGACCGAAUCAGCGUACUCAAUGAAGAUAAAUUGGCAUCAGAAGCUGGUAGUUUGAAUGCCUGCACCACCAUUGAGCACGUAGAAACAACCGAUCCAGCCUCAGUAUGUUAUACCUCAGGAACUACAGGUCUUCCAAAAGGGGCAAUUCUAACACAUGGAUCAUUGUCUAAUAAUGCUCACGACAUUGUUCGUGAUUGGGGAUUCACAUCUUCUGAUCUUAAUCUACAUGCACUUCCCUUCUAUCAUGUUCAUGGACUCUAUUACUCUCUUCAUUGUUCCCUGUUCUCCCAUUCCACGAUUAUUUGGCGUUCAAAAUUCGAAGUUGAAGAUUGCAUCAAGUACAUGAAGGAUGCCACUGUGAUGAUGGGAGUACCGACGUUCUUCUCAAGACUUUUGGCAUCAAAGAACUUCAAUAAGGAUGCUUUUAAGAAUGUAAGAGUAUUCAUUUCUGGAUCUGCUCCGCUUUCAGUGGCUACAAUUGAAGAAUUCAAAGAAAGAACCGGACAAGUUAUUCUUGAAAGAUACGGAAUGACUGAAGCCGGUGUUAUGACAACAAAUCCACUGAAUGGAGUGAGAAAAGCUGGAACUGUUGGUCCAGCUGUCCAGGGAGUCGGUUGCAGAAUUGCCAAGAACGGAGGAAUCGAAGUGAAAACUAAUGCGAUUUUCGCAGGAUACUGGAAGAACCCAAAGAAGACAGCUGAAGAAUUCACUGAGGAUGGAUGGUUCAAAACUGGAGAUGUUGGACAUCUUGAUGAAGAUGGAUACUUGACAAUUGGAGGAAGAUCAAAGGAUAUGAUUAUCACCGGAGGAUUGAAUGUUUAUCCAAAGGAACUUGAAGACUUCAUUGAUACACUUCCAUUUGUAAAGGAAUCUGCAGUUAUUGCAUCUCCACAUCCAGAUUUCGGAGAAGCUGUUGUGGCAGUUGUAGUUCCAGCAGAAAAAGUAAAGGAUGAGAAGGAGUUCGAGAAGAAACUGAUUGGAGUCAUGAAGAAGAAAGUUGCCAACUACAAGGUGCCGAAACGAGUGAUCGUUCUCGAUUCUCUACCACGGAAUCAUAUUACCAAAGUUCAAAAGAACGUUCUCCGUGAUACAUACAAGAAACUAUUCGCCUAA